GUUUUUGUUACAGAAAAUUCUUUGCAAUAAAUUAUCAAGUGAUAUAGUUGAAAAGUAAAUUUUCAUUAGCCAUUUUUCAUUACCUACAUGUAUACAUGUUUCCAAAUGUGAAUGUUUUAAAGAAAGUCUGUGCCUUAGUUUUCCCACUAAGUAAAAGCUUCGAAGAGUUAAGACUUGAACCAGUCCUGGCUACAUAGCCAGUGGAGGAAGCAGGUUAUCUCAUUCCAUACUUUCCAAGCCACUGUCACGUGUCCUAGACAUUAUACAAGGUUUAGAAAGCAAGGAAUAACCAACCUACAAGAGGAGAAAAUAAACAGUUAUAUUAAUUAGAAAAGAUGAAACCAUAAUUCCAGCAUUCCGGAGGCUGAGGCAGGAGGAUUACUGUGAGUUCAAGGCCAGCCAGGCUACAUAAUGAGACCCUGCUCCAAAAAAAACACAAAAAUAUAGUUUUAAAAUGUAAAAAAAAAAAUAAAUAAAUAAAUAAAUAAAACCUUAGACCAAAGAUCUGAUGAAAAAGUAGAUGUUGAUGGAUAUUUAGCGCUGAAUACUGACAUGUUUGCUGUGCCUACAUUAGUUGUCUCUGGUAAGUAAAGGAGACCACAAUUACUGUAUAUCCUACUUGAAAAUAAGUAGACAAGUGGUAGGCCUUGGUGCAUGUUAGAAAAGUGGUUUGUGGCUGGGUGGCACACAUGUAAUCACAGCACUGGAGAGGCUGAGGCAAAAGGACUGAUGCAAGUUUGAGGCCAGCCUGGGCUACAGAGUGAGUUCAUGGCCAGCAUGAACUGUAUAGUAAAAACCCUGUCUUGAAACAACAAAUAAAAAAAGAAAGAUGAUUUGCAGUAGAAGGGAAGACUGUGUCAGUGUUAGAUAUAGUUCCUGGUGCUACUGGUAAAGUAUAGGCAAUCCAUGUGCAAACUGGUGAGAGAGUUAAAGGUAGAGCUGAGUGUAGUGAUGAACACCUAUAACUCCAGCACUCCAGGAGGCAGAGGCAGGUAAAUUGCAAGUUUGAGCUGACUUUGGGCAACUUGGCAAGACCCUGUGUCAAAGCAAAAAAUUUAAAAAGGUUAGGUAUAUAACUCAGUUUGAAGACCCAGUACCACUACUGCUGUUUCUACAAAAUUAUAUAAUCAUACUUCAUUCAAUGUAAGAUGACCUUUUUUGUUCUGAGGAUCAAAUUUAGGGGUGCAGUACCACUGAGCUAUAUUCCCAACCCCUUUUUAUAUUUUUGAGACUAGAUUUGCUAAAUUUUCCAACUAAAACUUGAACUUGCCAUCCUUCUGCCUCAAACUCCCAAAUUGCUGGGAAUAUAGGCGUGUAUCUAUUUAAAAUAUUUAUAUGCUAAUAAGCGAAAACUUGCCAGUUGCAUCACCUUUUUUUAAGUGUGAGUCAAUGUCAUGGUUAUUGUAUAAAAAAUAUGCAUCCUGAAAUGAAUGAAAUUCAUUUCACACCCGUAACCCUAGCACUUGAGAGACUGAGGCAUGAUUGUGAGUUCUAAGCCAACCUGAAGCUACAUGGUGAGACCCUGUCUUUAAAAAAAAAGAUAAAGUACAAAGUGAACUAAGAAUGUUACAGCAAAAUGUUCAACUUGUGAAAUUAGAAUAUGGACAUUGCCAUUUACUAGUUUUUCAGAACAUUUAUCUAAAAAUUGAUAGGAUUUUUGGCAUGGUAAAAGAAUAUAAAGUAGGGGCUGGGGAUUUAGCUCAGCAGCAUAAGCACCUGCCUUGCAAGCAGGCAGUCGUGAGUUCGAUCCCUGGUACUGAUAAAAAGGAAAAAGACCAAAAAAAAAAAAAAAGAAUAUAAAGUAAAAAUGACCUUUGUUCUAAGAAUGCGAAGAGAAACCCCAUGACCACUGGGGGUCUGGCUUUCUCUGCCAGGAACAUGGUGUGGGGGGCAUACAUACAGUUUUCGACGGGGGUGGUGCUUAAAGAUGGCAUUGCUGAUGUGCAAGUAGCUGAUUGGGACUCUUUUCGUGCCACAGGUAAGUUGCAUAGGAGCGGGGAAAGUGACCUCAAAAUAAAAGUCCCUUGGUCCCACCUCCCACUGCCAGGUAAUGGGCAAAAUCCUUUCAAAAAUAAUACUUUUUUUGUUUUGGAAUGAAGGUAAACCAAGAUUCUAUAUUUUGAAACAUUUAACUUGCUGGUCCUAUCUUGGCUUUCUAUGUUAUAUGAGAGGAAAUACCUUAUUUCCCUGGAUUUUUUUUAGAAAAGGGAUCGUCUUUGAGAUAAGCCCCCCCCCCCAAGAACUCCUGCUUCUUUAUAACUUGAUAGAUGCAUGUUUAAGGCAUAGUUGAGGUUAUGGAGGAAAAUUUGACCAGGUUUCUUAGCCCUUGAGAAGGAAUUCCUUUCUGGCAUUGAUUCCCUCAUCUAGUAGAUUCAUUAUGUUCUCUGACAGUUCUCACAGCUUGGGCUAUGCUGAUUAUCCCCCAUCUGCAGCUGAAAAAAGCCACACCAGAAAAUGGAAGUUAGGAGGGACUACUUUUCAUAGGGUGACUUGGUGGUUCACAAGUGGGAAUUACAGCUAGGCAUUGUGGUUCAUGCUUGUAAUCCCAGCAUUUUGGAGGCUAGCCUCCAAACCCAGCCUAAGCAACGCAGAGAGGAAUGAAUGAAUGAAUGGCUCAAAAUAUAGCUCCAUUAGCCAGGGGGUUAGCUUAGUGGUGCAAGCGCCUGCCUGGCAAGCACAAAGUCAAGUUUGAUCCCUGGUACAAAAGGGGAAAAAAAAAAAUAGCUCCAUUCUCCAGCAGGGAAAGGUGGGAAUUGUGGAUGCCUGAACACAAGCUUGUUAUUAAAAAGAGCUUUUCAUUUUGGGGGAAAGAUGUAUCCGAAACUUGUACAGUUAGCUUCUUUGGAGUACAGUAAAGAGAUGUUCCUUGUCUGUCUGAGGCUGUUAAAUGACCAAAGGUGGCCCAGCUAGACUAAAACACCUGUCCACUCUCCUUUCUGUGUAAACAAGGAAACCAAUGUGACACAGAGGUUGCUAGGCUUUUUCAAGUGUAGCUUACCCACCCAUUCUCCUAACUUGCCCAGGCCUGUUGUUGCUGCCCAGGAAGCCAAAGCUCCUCCCCAAACAUAAGCUUGAAGAUCUUGUAGACCCCAUAGGCUGGGCUCCUCACCCUCUCUUGCUGUGCCACGUUUUCUUUGGGACUAGACUGGUAUCAAGAAGCCAGUCCUGUCCCAUGGCCUCCUACUCUGGGGAGCCAGGGCUCCUGCCCUGCAGGUCCUGUGACAUGGUUUUCCGCUCCUGGGCCCUGUUGUCCGACCACACUCAGCGCUUCUGCAUUGGCCUGACCCCGGAUGUAACUGUUGGAGCAAAGCCCUCUGCUGAAUUAGGAGGUGUCACGGUAAGGAAUGCAUCCCUGUGCCCAAGGGUGGGAAUUGCAGCAAGCCUAAACAAGGUUCCUCAUCUCAACUGCUGUUCCCAGGCUGUGUCACAAGAACUCCAGGGCUGCUCAGAUCAGGAGGCCAACAGACCUGCUCUAGAGAGGUUAAGAGAGGAGGUGCAGUGCCUACGGCUGUCCCUGCAAGAAAUGCAACCGUACGUAAUAAACAGCCCGCUCUGGGAGGCUGCAGGGAGCCCUUGCAAGCGGCUGCAGGCACUGUAUGCAACUCAUGCCAGGCGCAAGGCACAGACUGAAGCAUGGGGCCGCACCCUAGAGCAGCGCAGUGCUGAGCUGAACGGAUACCUCCAAGGUUUGACCCAGGCCCCGGGCAGGAUACCCCGCCUCUUAGGCCUGGAGCAGGAGCUUCGAGAACUCCGAGCUGAAGCUGGGCGCACCCGGGGAGCUCUGGAGGUGUUGAGUACACAUGUUCAAGAGCUAAAGCCCCAGAUAAGGAACCGACCAGACACUGAAUUUUGUUGGCCUAUGCUGCAAGCUAGCACAGGGAGCCUGGCUGCAGAGAUUGGGGCCUUCUGUGAGGCUUACAAGCAAGGCGGGGGCCGAGACCCUGGCAUUAUGAGCAAGAUAUGGCAGCUGCAAGCAGAGGCAUCAGCUCUGGAGCUACGGCGCUCUCUGAAUCGCAGGGAAAAGGCAAGUGCUACCUCAGGGCAGCUUCUGGAAUUGGAAACAGAAAACCAGCGCCUGGAGGCAGAAAUCCUAGCCUUGCAGAUGCAGAGGGGCUUAGACCAGUUGCCCUCAGGUAAGUACACAUCCCAACCUUAGCCCAUCCUAACAGCUCAGAAAGGGAAGAGAGGUGUCCCUCUCCUUCCACCAGUAGCACCCCUGCUGCCACCACUUCCACCGCCACUAUCUGGAACCAUGACCAGGAACCUGGGCCUGGACACAUCUGUUCUCCCCACAUCUGAUGUGCUAGGCCCUGCACCCUAUGACCCUGGGGCUGGCCUCGUCAUUUUCUAUGACUUCCUGCGAGGACUUGAGUCUUGUUGGAUUUGGGUGCAGCUAAUAACAGCUUUGACCCGAGAUGGACAAGAUACAGGAGGUGCCACAGCAUUGCCCCCAGCCCUCUGCUUACCCUCACCUCUGGCUCCUGGGCCCAAGGGCAACUGUGCCAUCCUUGCUAGCAGGCAGCCUGUGUCCAGAUUGCCCCCAUCACCUUUGGUGUCUUUGGUCUGUGAGCUACAGGCCUGGGAGGGGCUCCCAGGAGCUAGGACACCACAGUCAAAGGCUUGGGUCUCACUGGCACUAUUUGAUCAAGAUCAGAGGGUACUAAGUGGUCACUGGCGCCUCCCACUUCGGGCCCUUCCCCUGGACUUCAGCCUCAGCCUUGGGCAGCAGAACACGAUUCCCCAGGUAGGACAAGCUGAGCUCUUUCUGCGACUGGUGAAUGCAAGAGAUGCAGCUGUGCAGACAUUGGCAGAGAUCAAUCCAGCUUGUGCCCACCAGUACCAGUACCCAGCACUGGUACCAACCUCUUCACUGAAAACCACCAGUUGUACCCCUAAAGUUGGCUCUACUGAUCCGCCACCUCCUGCAGAAGAGCCUUUUGUUGGCAUGAAGGAUAAAAAUGAAGGGUUCGGCCCUCACCACAGCUGUGACUCAGACCCUCUAGGUUAGGUUUCUGAACCAGGAUGAAUGUAAAGCUGAUUCCCAAGUCUGCAGCUUUACUACAUGUUCUGACCCAGGAGUAAGAGGCAAAUAAGCAUCAAUGAAAUCCAACCACAGCCUUGCCCUUAAGUAUUACCCUUUCUGCACUUUGCUUUCAUAAGUGAAAUUAAAUGAAUCACAUACAACACUGAUAAUUUUUCUGAAAGGUGACUAAGUCUUGCUAAAGCCAGCUUUAUCACCAAACUUCAAAUUCCAGCUUAAGCCUUCUGCCAGAAUUUCAUUCAGGCUUUUAAUUUGCCAUGUCCCCACAAACUCCUAGGGCUUUAGAGUCCAGGGCAAGCCCUCAGCCCAGUAAUGCUUCAGCCAAGCAGGCAAUCACAUACUGAAAUUUUCCUAUUGGACCUAGGCUCAAUUACCAGUGUCACGAGUGAUCAAGGGCCUGGGUCAACCAUGUCAUGUCAUGAAUGUCCUACCCUAUCCCAAAAGAGGAAAAAGCCUUAGGACCUGGAACACAACACAGGGCAUCUUUAAGGAUGUUCCAAGUCAGGAAAAACCAGAGACCCGGCAAGGAUAAAUAAUCAGCCAACCAUCCCAGAAGCAUUUUAUUUUAAAGGAGAAAAUAACACUAAAAAAAUGACUUGGAACAGUUUUCAGGUUUCAACCUGCUGCUACAUGCAUUGGGAUUCGUAUCUAAAUACUGCCUGGUCUGUAAUAAUAAAUUCUAAUAAAGGAAUGUUUGACCCAUUCAGGGUUUUUUUCUCAACACAAGGCCUGUAUUUUGAAUAUCUGAGAAAGCCCAACAAUUGGCACCGGUAUCACUACCCUGACCCCUACUGAACUGCUGAGCCAAGUUUUGCUUUUUAACCUCACAUCACACAAAUGCCCCAGGCAUCCCAGGAUCCCACAAUUAAAGUUUUAAGCAUAAUUCCAGACUAGAACUUUUUAUUAGCAUCUUUAUUCUGAGAAUUUAAAACUGAAGACAAUGUAACAAUUCCAAGUGUAGAUAUAUUUCAACUUUCCUUUACAGAAAAAAUGUAACUCCACAGAUUCUUCCAAUUAUUUCCAAGCAUCCAUCACACUUCUUUCCUAGAGCUCAUUUCUCCAACUAAACACACCAAUUGUUUUCCUCAGAUCUCCCGUCCCAGAUUUUCUUCACAGUUCUUUCCAGGACUAGAUAAUGGCCCUACAUGGAGACAGAGUAAACAGAAAAAGUAGUGCCUAAGGUCUGCUUCACAGUCAAAGUCCAUCAUCCAUUUUCAGCACCAGACAGCAGUGUCUUCAAGUCCUGUGUGUAUUGCCCAGUCCAGGGACAGCACCACCAAAAGUUCACAAGACUGCAGAGUUUAGUCAAGUUCGUGACAGUAGAAAUAUAGCACCGAUGGAAGAUGAAGAGACCACAGCCACACGUGCAAAUAAUCACCUCCAUGUUAAACUGCAGCUAGAGUUACAACUUCCAAGACAGUGAUCAACGGGGGGGAAAAAUGAAACUAAAAUUUUGGCCAUUUUAUAAAGCUAGAGUGCCCCAAGGCACAGAUUUAGCCAAUAUUUAAGAAAAAAAGCCAUCAAAGACUCAACCUUUGCUUAUCAUCUUUAUUGAAGUUAUACAAAAAGAACCCCCAAAAGUGAAAAAAUACAUUAUUUACAAAAAACACUUUCCCCUAGGAGGAAGGCUCCAUUGCCGCUCUCAACAUGCAUUGGUCUUGACAGUGGCUCCUGCCUCUACUGUGCCCUCUGCUGAGGCCCGGCUGUCGGCCUGCUUCUCAACCUGAAAGACAGAUUGACCCUGGGCAUAAGUAACCCUAGUUGAAGCUGCUGUGUCACACAAAAGAGCCUUCGAGCAAUUAAACAUAGGCCCCCUAAUGCGGUUUCCUGAGAGCAGUGGCACAAAGUAGGAGGCUAAAUUCUCUUAACAAGGCUGGCAGAAUCAACAGUUCUGCACCAAAUGGAAAAGAUCUAGCAGACAGCGAGGCUAACUCAAGUGCCUCUCAUGCAUUCAGGGGACCUAUGGUGCAUGACUAUGGUACCUAUCCACUGUACUCCAACACAGGCAUGUCCAUUCUGUGAGAGUGCACUCAAGCAAUCCAAACAGGCUCAAGCUGGGCAGUGUGCAUUUGGGAAGCCGGUUUCCCCAAGCCUGAGAACAGGGGAAGGCCAUAGCCACAUUAAUUGCCCACCUCCUCCUCCAUGCUUUCCGAAACUUCAUUUGCACUGGGGACUGUAUCCCCACUGCCUCCAUUGACUUCCGGCUCUUGUUUGGCUUUCUUUGCAUCAUCUUUCCGGGGACUCUCAUCCUCUGGUUUCCUCUAAAAAUAACAAGUGUGAAGGCUUCACAAAUAUGGUUACAUAUUUUUUUAAAAGACAACUGUAAACUGGGCACGGUGGAAUGCACCUAAAAUCCAGCACUCAGGAAGCUGAGAUGAGGAUCACUGUAAGGCCAGCCUGAACUACACAGCAAGACUUUGUUUCCAAAACAGACAAACAAAAAUGACAAUUGUAAAACACCCAUAACCCUUGUGGUACAAAGAUCCUAAACACCAGGACGACUCGAUCCAAGAAUCUCGCUAGUCAAAAGUGGGAAGCACCAACCUAUAUGCUGCAAAAUAGACAGUUGACAAUUCAAUUCAGCCUGCCUACUAGAGGCACAAUGGGGUAAGGUAACCAGUAACAAAGUAUGAAACAUCUGAGGUAGGAAUGCAGGCUCUCCCCAAAAGGAAGUAACCACUGAACUACAGGCCGAAGGUAAAGAAUCAGAGUUUAAGAGUCAGCAGGCUGCUGCUAAAUAAAUACGGGUGAAGAAAAUCUUGCAACUUCCUAAAAUGCACUCACCUGAUGAAUCCUUUCCUGUUAGUUGUUGGCAAAGGCCAUAAAAGUUUAAUAAGUAAGAUACUGAUAUGUUAUCUUCCCUCCCAAAUCUUUAUUAUCUUCGGAUGGUUUGUGGAGCAAGUGUUCUUGUGUGUGAAGACUCAAAAAAAGGCAGAUUGAGGAAAAGAAAGCACAUGUAAGUUUUACCUUCUUUCGGACAAGAUGGGAAAUAUCAGUCACACAAUUUGAUGAGGAAGCACCAUCUAUUGUUCUUCUACUGGCAAUCUGGCAAGAGAAGCACCUUUGUUAUGAAACCAGCAGCAAGACCUAAUACUAAAUGACAAAAAUAACACUCAAUACCCACCAUGGAUACUGAAGAGCCGCCUCCACUAGAAGUGAAACCUGAAGUAGAGCUCUCGACCUGUGAGAGAUGACAAGUAAAAGCAAAUUCCAAUCAACAUAGAACCCAGGCCACCCAAUGUUCCAUAUGUUUUCCUGACAUCCUGGCAGCCACAGCUGACCACCUACUCAUUACAUCAUUAAUCGAUACAGUACUAUCCUCAGAAACAACAGCUUACACUUAUUAAAAGCAGUUCCUAUUUGUCUGAUACUGUCUAUAGAUAAGGCAAGAGACCUGAAUGCCCAUGGUCAUGCACACUAUUUAGGAUAGGUGUGAUUCACACUGUGUAGGACAGGUGCAAUUCAAACUCAGUCUGGCUCUAGAGCCCACUGUCUAUAACCACACUGUACCAUUUUGAUAGAAUAAUGAACAUUCCCAUUCCCUCUGAUCAACAUCCAAGAAAGCAAGUCAUGACAAAGUUCUUAGGCAAGUGGAGCAUUAACAUUAAUGCUCCAAAUAUACUGUUUUAAAAACUUUAAAAGGAAACUAAACAAACCAGAGUAGCUUUCAGCGCCAAUUCAGCUACAUUCCCACUAUGUUGGGACUCCUUUGCAUCUUCUAUCUUCUCUCUUAUUUCAGGUAGCAGUUCCUUCAGUUCCUCAAUUUCUUUCUCAUAUUCAGUAGACACUUCAGCCUCCUUCAUCUCUUCAUUUAGUACAGCUACAAAGAACAGGCUAAAGUGAUCAGUAACAAUUACCAUAAAAGUAGCCAUUUUAACCUUUUCCAUUACUGGAUCAACAUCAUCAUGAAGUAGGUGCUCACUCACCCAUUCUCUUCUCAAUGACUUCAAUAGAUUUGCUGAACUGUGCCACUGCCUCAUCAUACUGAGAGUUGUAUCCAUAGGCUAAGCCCAGCUGGUAGUGAGUCUCUGCAAGGAGUCGGUCAUGGGCUUCCAAGUACUGCUCCUGCAAGGUCAAGCAGGCCUGGAACUCCUCUACGGCCUGGAUGUAGUUCUCUGGCAAAGGGAGAAUUGACAGCAAGAAUUGGGUAGACUUUAACCAAGUAUUUCUAGAAUUCAAAUCCAUUCUGCAGAAAUGCCUCCACCAUUCUACAUUUCCUUUUUUUUGUUUGUUUGGGUUGUUUUGUUUUUAGUAUCUACAGGAUGCUUGGCUAUGCAGAAUAACAAAAUAACUUAAAAAAAACCACUAUCUACAGGAUGCUUGGCUAUGCAGAAUGACAAAAUAACUUUGGGGGCUGGGGAUUUAGCGCAGCAGCAUAAGCGCCUGCCUUGCAAGCAGGCAGUCAUGAGUUCAAUCCCCGGUACCGAUAAAAAGGAAAAAGACCAAAAAAAAAAAAAAAAAAAAAAAAAAACUACAGAAA